AUGCGUUUCUCAAAUUUCUUUUGGGCUUGUUCAAGUCUUGGCUCCAUCACACUGAGCCAUGCACAGUCCAACAAAAAGCAAUAUGACGGACAUCAAGUGCUACGUGUAGAGACGAACGGGCGACCUAAUGCUGUGUUGAAAAGACUGGCCAGCAUAUCCUUGCAGCCGUGGAAAGAAGAAACCGUGGGAAACUACUUCGAUGUUGUCGUCCCACCUGAGAAACUCGCCGAAUUCGAGUCCCUCAGUCUCAGAAGCACGACUCUCCAUGCAGAUCUCGGGAAGUCCAUUGCGGCAGAGUCCGCUCCACUGAGCACGUGGAAGAGACAGGCCGACGACCUCUCCUGGUACGAUACUUACCAUCCAUAUGAAGAGCAUAUACAAUAUUUCGAAGACCUCCAGACGCUAUUUCCAAACAACUCUGAGCUGAUCUCCUCCGGUACAUCCUAUGAGGGUCGGGAUCUGUUUGGCAUUCACCUGUGGGGUGACGCCGGCCCCGGCAAGCCAGCGGUCCUGUACCACGGUACUGUGCACGCCCGGGAAUGGAUCACGACUUUGGUUGUUGAGUAUCUUACACUGCAGCUCAUCAACGGCUACAAGGCGGGUGAUAAUGACACGAGGGCUUUUCUGGACAGUUUUGACUUCUACAUCAUUCCCAUAGUCAAUCCUGAUGGCUUUGUCUACACUCAAACAACCAAUCGACUGUGGCGAAAGAAUCGCCAGCCAGGCCCAGGAAACUCAACCUGCGUCGGCCGUGAUAUCAACAGAAACUGGGAGUUUUCUUGGAACCCAACUAGCAGUGGUGCUUCUUCCGACCCGUGCGGGCAGACCUACGGUGGAGAAGCCCCUUCAGAUUCGCCAGAGAACAAAGGCCUUGACGGCCUCGUGCGUGAGCUGCGAGACACCGUCGGCAUAAAGCUGUACAUUGACUGGCACAGCUACGGCCAGUACUUCCUCUUCCCUUACGGGUACAACGAGACUAUUUACCUUCCUCAACUCGGGAAAUGGAGCAGGACCGGAUCCCUAAUGAGCGAGACCAUUCGGGACAGUUCCGAUCGCAGGACUACAUUCACGUUUGGCCCCGGGGGUGCUAUUCUUUACCGCUCGGUGGGAAAUUCCCGCGACCACGUGUAUAGUAUUGGAGGAGCGGACUUUUCGUGGACAAUUGAGUUGCCAGACACGGGCACCUUCGGCUUUGUGCUGCCACCUGAGCAGAUCAGGCCGACUGUUGAGGAACAGUGGGCUGGCCAGCAAGUGUUGUACAGUCUACUCAACGAGAUCUUCUUUGACGACGAAGGACCUGCAUAA